CAAACAAAGUGAAUAUCAAUGAUCCCUACCAAAAAAGCAGCAUUUGAGCAGCAUUAGAGGGAAGGGGAAAUGCCAGGCUGCAUUCUUGGAGCGCCUCUUACAAUCGCGGCACGGUUCAGGCCGUGGCUGGAGGGGGAUUAAGCAGAAGCACAUGACGGCCCAACCCGUGAUCCUCCUGUUCAUGCUCUGACCAUGCCAAAUGAAUGAACGUCCCUUCGCUCUCCCGUCCUCUCCUCCAGCAUGGCCUCACCGCGUCUGGAGACGUUCUGCUGCCCCAACCGAGACGCCGCCACCGACUUCAUCGUGAACUUCCAGCCCGUCUUCUUCGGCGCCAUCUGCAUCGGCAGCGCCAGCGUCAGCCUCCUCUUCUCCGUCCUGCAGAUCCUGCCCAAGCGGAGGGGCUACAGACGGCUCGGCCAGUACCCGCUCCCCAAACCGGCCUCAUCGUCCAGGAUCCUCUUCAUCAUCAGCAUCUGCGACAUCUUGGGAUGUGUAGGAAUCAUCAUUAGAUCAUCCGUCUGGCUCGGCCUGCCCAGCCUCAUAGGGGACAUCUCCACAGCCAACAGCAGCGAGGUCUGGCCAGAGGUCUUCUGUGUGGGCAGCGCUAUGUGGAUCCAGUUGUUCUUCAGCGCCUCCUUCUGGUGGAUGUUCUGCUAUGCAGUGGACGUCUUCUUAGUGGUCAAGCGAUCUGCGGGGAUCAGCACCAUCGUGCUGUAUCACAUGAUCACCUGGGGGCUGGCUGUGCUGCUCUGUGUGGAAGGCGUGGCCAUGCUCUACUACCCCUCCAUCUCCAGCUGUGAAAACGGCCUUCAGCACGCAAUCCCACACUAUGUCACCACCUACGCCCCUUUGCUGCUGGUCCUCCUGGUUAACCCCAUCCUGUUCACUCGCACUGUGGCUGCAGUUACAUCACUCUUGAAGGGCCGGCAGGGGAUCUACACGGAGAACGAACGGCGCCUCGGAACCGAGAUCAAAAUCCGCUUCUUCAAAAUCCUCCUGGUCUUCUUCAUUUGCUGGCUGCCCAACCUCAUCAACGAGAGUCUGCUCUUUUAUCUGGAGAUGCAAACAGACAUUAAAGCCAGCGAGCUGAAGAACAUACGUAACGCAGCUCUCAUCACCUGGUUCAUCAUGGGCAUCCUGAACCCCAUGCAGGCUUUUCUCAACACGCUGGCCUUCCACGGCUGGACAGGGCUGGACGUGGAUCUGAGCCUGCAGCCGCGGCGGGAGCUGGCCUGGGACUCGGCCUCGACCUCGCUGGUGACGGCCGGAGGCUACAACACCAUGGUGGCCUCCACGCUGCUGUACCAGAGCCACGUUCAGGAGGGCAAGAAGCUGACGGGAAACGGACACCACCAGCCGUCCGAUGCCGUCAGCGUCUUGUCUGAAGGUUCAGAGUCUAGUACAAUUGAGAUCCACAUAUCGAGCGAGCUGCGAGACUGUGAGGAGGUAGACGCAGAAGGAGAGUCACUGGAGGACUCAGCGAGGCGCUAACGGGCUAAAAACCCAACGCAACCCUGCCGCCAGCCUCUCCUCUCUUCAGUCCUACAAAACCUCAUUAUAUAUCCAGACUUAGUCCAGUUACAGCAGCUUCAACGAGAAUGUCAGUUUCAGUGUUUUCAUUUAUGUUGUACUGCAUGGGGUGUAUAUAACACAGUACGGAUUUAGGUGCAGUUAAGGAAUCCUUUGAAAAUGUCUUCAGAUACAGCUUAUUAAGUAAAAACGUUUAUGUAAAUUUGAUAUGAGACAUUUCAGUUUAGUUCUUGUGACUUUCAGGGGUUUCAGGUUAAGGGUGGGCUGUAAGACACAGUUCUAAACACUUAGAUCAUUCAGUGUUAGGAAAUCUGAGGAUGUAGAGAAGAUAUUGGUAGAACUCUUCACCAAAGAGUGUCAUUUACAAAGACUGUAAAGAUAUAUGUUGCUUAUUUUUUACAUUUAUACUGUCAUUAAAGAACACCUUUUGAA